AUUAGAGAUUUCACAGGGUACUUUCUGCAAAAAAAUCCCGGAGGGAAAGUACCAAAUUCAUUUUUAUUCAUCCGCCAUUGGAAGAAGGUGCUCCCCCUUGCCAUAACUAGGGUUUUAGAUUAGUUUCUCGUAACCCUUAGCUAGAACUUAAAAUGGGCGACGACUCCAGAGAACAAUCUCCGGAUUGGCUCCGUUCUUUUCAGCCGCCAACUCUAUCGACUAUAGAAUUGUCAUCUGGGUCAGACACACCAUUGGAUUAUAGCCCAGUAAGUGAUGAUGAGGAUGGUAUAAACCUCAGUAAAUUGUUCAAGAAAGAAGAAACUCAGGCCUCGAGCAUUAAUGAUAACGAUGAUGGAAAAGUAUCUGUAGUUGAGAAGUCCGUCGAAGAUAAGUCUUCCAGGAAAAGUGAUAAAGUAAAGCGGACGCCAGAGAAGAAAAGGAAGAAUGUGGACGACAGCAUGAGAGAAGGAAAGAGGGGAAAAGGAAAAGAAGCCAAUAGAAGAAAUAAACCUGAAAAGCAUGAUAAAUCUAAUGACCAGAAUCAUUCCUUUUGGUCACUGUCGUCAGAUUCGGAGUCUUCUGGAGAUGCCCCAACCCAUAAAAAGGAUAAAGCCAUAAAGAGAGAAAUAUCUCCAAAUAAAGAUCUCGCUACAGAAAAUGAAAAAGAAAUUGAUAAUCUUCUUCUCAACCAUGAUGGUGAAUCUCCAAAGAAUCAAGCCUCAAAAGCGAAUUCUCCCAUGAAGAAGCAGGAAAAAGAGGAUGGGAAAACCUCAAAGAAGAACAUUACUAGCCGUAUAAAUGGAGAAGAUGAUACUAAAAACAACAUCGUGAAGGAAGAUAACUCCGGAAAGCAUGCUGGGCCUCAGGCAUCCUCUUCAAAGUUGCCAUUGUUGCUCUCAGAUAAAGUUCAACGUUCAAAGGCACUUGUGGAGUGUGAAGGUGAUUUUAUAGAUUUGAGUGGUGAUGUUGGUUCUGUUGGACGGGUGGUAAUUUCAGAUGAUCCAUCAAAAAAUCAUGAGAUGUUCUUGGAUUUAAAAGGAACCAUAUAUAAAACAACCAUAGUUCCAUCAAGGACAUUCUGUGUGGUAAGCUUUGGCCAAUCAGAAGCAAAGAUAGAGGCUAUUAUGAAUGACUAUAUUCAGUUGAAACCGCAAUCUAAUGUUUAUGAGGCAGAGACUAUGGUUGAAGGAACACUGGAAGGAUUUUCAUUUGGUUCAGAAGAUGAAGCUGACAAACCCGUUGCUCGAGCCGAUCAUGGAGAGGGGGGUGAAGAACAAUUGGACGGAAAAACCAAAAGAAAGCCUGACAAAACAUCAGGUCCAGCAAGGAAAAAGGGAAAGCCCACAGGAGGAGGUAAGCCAGCCAAGAAAGUGAAAAAGAAACCUCAAGUUUCUAAAAAAGGCAAAGCCAAGAAAUGAACGAGAAACAAAAUUUCACGACAGUGCUACUUUUUAUACUAAUUUCUUUUAUUAUUAUUUCUCCCCAACAGAAGCACUUCAAUAGUCACCAGUUUCUAUUGCUGGUAUGAUAGUGAGUAGGAACAGGAAUAUCAAUCGACAAAAGUUGCCCAGUCUGUGUUUCUUGUAAUAGUUAGCUUUUAUCGAAACAAAAAACUCCGAGUACUCUUUACGCCUUUCGCAGGAAUACAAAUUUACAGUAUGUUAAA